UCUUUUGGUGAUUGAACAAAAAAAAAAUUCUGUCAUUAUAUAAAAAUCAAAUUGGAUAAAUAAAAAAUUAAUCUGUGAAAAUUAGUCAUCAAAGGACACAUUAGUCUUCUAUUGAAUUCAUUUUCUUGAUCUUUAAACUAUAUCAAAGGAGACAUGAGUGGUCAAGAUUAGUGUAAAAUCAGCUAGAAAACUGACAAGCUAACAUGUAUGUAUAUAAGGUGUUCGAAGAAUUUCCCCAAUGAGAAAAUUGGCUUCUUGCUCAAGUGCAUUAGGACAACUUUGAUGAUCUCAGAUAAGGCGAAGCAGGGUUGUAAAUGACCAAGCAUCUUGCGAAUCAUUCAGACCUGGGCUCGAAAAAAGAUCAUUGAUUAAGCUAAACGAGCUGAACUCGAGCUUGGUUUAAAAGCUCCACUGCAUAGUUUCCUUGAGCAGAAUUGUCAACUGUUAUCCAUGAAGACAGAGUCAAGAUUAAUGCAGAACUGAGGAGUCACGGAUAAGUAUUAUUAGCCUCUCAUCUUACAAAAUUGCUCCACCUAUUUAUCCACUCUUUAUCCAGAUUCCAAAAAUUAAUUCAAGAAAUGGGGUCUUCACGAACUCUUCAAGUUUGGAAACUGGGAACUGUCAACUACUUUCAGGCACUUAAACUUCAGGAAAAGCUCAUCUCCGAUCGUAAAGCAUCUAAAAUUCCUAACACAUUGUUGUCCCUGCAGCAUCCGCCUACAUAUACUCUUGGCAAACGACGCACUGAUCAUAAUUUACUGAUUUCUCCAUCCGAACUCCAGAAGAUUGGAGCUGAACUUCACUAUACUCAAAGAGGAGGAGACAUUACGUAUCAUGGCCCGCGUCAGGCUGUUCUAUACCCAAUUAUCUCUCUUCGUGAUAUCGGAAUUGGUGCUAGAAAUUACGUGGAGAAACUUGAAUUAACCAUGAUCAAAUUGGCAUCAUUAUACGGUGUGAAAGCUUGUGCUGGACAAAAGGGUGAGACAGGGGUUUGGGUUGGAGAUAGAAAGGUAGGCGCCAUUGGAGUUCGUAUAUCCUCUGGUAUUACCUCUCACGGAUUGGCGCUUAAUAUUGAUCCUGAUUUGAACUAUUUUAAGCAUAUCGUACCAUGUGGGACCGUCGAUAAAGAAGUUACAUCUUUGAGAAGGGAGACAAGUAUGGUGCUUCCUUCUGAUGAAGUAAUUCAUGAGCAGUUGGUUUCUUGUUUUGCUCGAGUUUUUGGUUUCGGUAACCUUAUUCGGAGGGAAAAUGAUUCGGCAUUAUGGGAUAACGAGAAUACUGAAAGUUAAUGCUGCAGUAUAACGCCGCCUUCUAUUAUAUGAGUUUACUAGCAAUGGAAGUUUAAUGAGUUUUUUUGUCUGGGAUUUUGACAUCUGAUUGGUACAAAAGAAUGCAGAUUGCUUCUAGAAAUGCAAGAAUGCAACAAUCAGAUCAAUAUGGUGAUAUAUCAAUCCUCCUUGAUGACUCGUUUAUCGCAAGAAUUUCUGAUUUUGGAUCAGCCAAGCUAUUGAAGGUAAGUUACUGUUUCUGCAGAUGUAUCAUCUUUCUUGAGUUAAAAUGUUUGAGAAUUUUCAGAGUUGUUAAUUACUUGGUUGAAACAUAUCAGACUAGAUUUAUACUUGUGUA